AUGGCGUCACCCUUCCGAUAUACACAUGCGAUUACUGCCAGAAUUCCGCUUUCAUUGAGAACACGGGGAGAAAUUGAUUUAGAAGAGGCUAAACUGCAGCAUGAAAGCUAUGUCAAAACGCUGCGUGAUCUGGGAUUGGACGUUAUUGAACUACCCCCGGAUGAAAAUUUACCUGAAUGUCCAUUUGUUGAAGACUGUGCUGUAGUUUGUAAUGGAAUAGCAUUAAUUUGUCGUCCUGGCGAUCCCCAUCGGGUACCGGAGGUCGAAGCCGUUCGGGCUGUAUUAAAAAAAGAAUUGGAUCUUCCAUUGGCUGAAAUUGCCGAUCCGAACGCUAGACUUGAUGGAGGCGAUGUGCUUUUUACGGGACGUGAAUUUUUCGUUGGACUCAGUAAAUGGACUAAUGAGGCCGGAGCACGGGCUGUCGCUGCGGCAUUUCCAGAAUAUCCAUGUGUUCCGAUUAAGGUUACUGAACAUCAUCGCCUGAAACAUUACGUGUCGAUGGGAGGACCGGAUGUACUCUGUGUUAGCAGGAAUAAAGAAUCACAAGAGAUAUUAAAACGAAUUGAAAGAGAAGCUACCUUCACGUACCAUACACUGACACUUCAAGAAGAGGCGGCUGCCAAUGUUUUAUACAUAAACGGUACGCUCGUUACGAGAUCAGUAGAUGAAAUUCCACUUUCAACACAGAUUAUAUCACAGAAAAUUGAUACUCCACGACAAAUGCUAUAUAUGUCCGAACUGGGCAAAUUUUCCAAUGGUCUUACAGCCUGUUCCAUCCUGGUGAAACGUUCCAAGCACAUCAAAAGUCUUUGAGCACAGAAGCAUCUCCACAAGCCAAGGUUGUGUGUUUUUAGGUUUCUUGUUUGUUAAUAGGUAUUCUAUAAAAUCCUCAAGCUUCAGUUUUCCAGAUGCGGCAUUUGUGUUGCUAACAAAUCGGUUGAUGAUUUAUAAUUAGCUAACUCCAUGACCCAUUAUCGCUGAUUGUAAAUUUGAGUGAUAGGCUUCGCUAAAAUAUGUGUAGUAUGGUUGUACGUAUUUAUAUCUAAAUUAAUUUUCACUUUUUAAUUGUAAAGACCGCUUAAUGAACAUUGCUUACUACUGUACACGUAAAACAUUCUGAAUUAACGCAAAUUUGAUAUUUUGUGGCUAUUGAAUUCCAUCGCUUAUAUUCAUCGAUACUAGUCACCCACCCGGUCAUGUAUUCCAUGCUGUAUGUACGUGCACGUACAGUCGUAGAAUAUUUUGAAAAAAUAGUUUGUUUAUCUGUAUUUAUUUCAAAUUGAAACAUCCUCUCUUAACCUUCCUAUUCUCUCAAAUCUUAACUACUCUCUAUUCUAAAAAAAAUUUUUCGAAUGAUACUGAACAUUUUUCUUGUAAUAGAAAUAGGCGAAGUUUAAAGAAAAUAGUAAUAAAACUAACAAUAAA